UGUUCUCAAAGAUAAAAUUAUUAUAAAGACGUACUGUUCAGUACCAUAUCAAAAGCAUUUUCAGAAUAGGGAAACAGCAACUCUGAUAAGCAGAUCAUUACAUAGAUAAACAAGUGAUCAUUAGUAUGACUGAUGACAGGAUCUUUUUACUGUUACAAAUAAUGUUAGAUGUCUAGCAUGAGAGGUAAGAAAUAAAUGCGUUUUCCUGUUGAUUCAAAUGAAUCUUGCUGGAAAAAUGAGAGUCUUGUGUGUGUCUUAGAAAAAUACUAUUUCACUGAGGCACUGAUAUUUUGUGGAAGUUUUCCUGCUGUGGAAUUUGAUCAAUAGUAUAUCGAGAAUUUGAAACUUUUAUUUUAGAAGAUCAGACCAGACAGUGGGAUUUCCAUAACUAAACGUGGAGGUCUACAUUACGGAUGUCUGCAACUCAGCUAGGCUGCCUGUACAGCCAGUGGAGAUCUAGUCAGUGUAGUCGGUGGAAUGUAGGACAUGAUUCAUCUCAUUUUACAAGAGAAAUCCAAUUAAUCAACCCCUAGAAGCGUCUGUUUCUCUCCACUGACUAUAAAAGGAGCCUGACUAAUUCAGUUGUGGAUGUUGUUUCUGUAGGCAUCUAAAAUUAGGUGAGAUAGAUUCCACCCUGUGUGCGUGGCCCAGGGGAUGGAAUGUCCAUGAUUAAUGUCUAAUGAAGAGCGCUUUUUAAGCAGAUCUCAAACAAUAAGGUUGGUAUAAUGACAAGUCUGAAAAGAGAUUAUACUAGGAUAAGAUGAUUGUAUGAACUUGAUCCACAUUUCAAAUGUAUCUUGCUUAUGGAUCAAAGUGUUGAAAUUAGCCUUUCUACGUACAACGAGCUGUGAAUGUGUUGCCAUGAGUUUAAGAUGCCUCCCCAGGCUCUUUCAGAGCCCUUGUUCCACCUGGCAAUAUUGCCUUUACAGGUAUGGCCUGUCAGCUUUGUUCCCCGAAUGUGGCUGCUCAUGAAGUGCCUUUUGGCUUAGCAAGCAAGGCAGAUAACUCUGCGUAUCUCUGUAUCUGUGACUUAUCUGUAUUUACCAUUUUUCAAAUCUUCAUUUUGUUUACAAACUUUAUCAGCAAUGAUUGAUUCUUUCAGGUCAUUGAUUUUAAAAAGUUGAAUAGUAAUAUGGGAUAGUAACAGGACCACGAAUCAGUCCUGUGAGACUCUGAGACACACCUAUCAAAUCAGUAUUUUCUGUUUAUGCUUAUAUUUUGAAACCUGUCUAUAAAGCCGAUUCUUAUCCAUUUAAUGUGCCAUAAUGGUUUUCGUGUUAUCCUUAUCUGUUAAAAUGUGUAUGUAAUACUGUGUCAAAUGUGUUAUACCUGAAUAAGGUAUGCCUUUAUCAACUACAUUGUAAUUGCAUAAAAAUAGCAUAUUGCUUUUACAUAUGCUGAUUUUUCUGAAUUAAGUUAUCCUUUAUUUUUUUUAAUUUUGGAGUCCUGUUAUCAUUGGCUUCAAUUUUUUGUUUAGGGUUAGUAUCACCUGACUGGCCUAUAAUUAUCCAUUAUUUUGUGUAUCCUGUUUCAACACAACCACAGCAUGUUCAGUAAUGAGCUCUCUAACCAAAAUUUUAAACCUCAUGGAUGUAGGUUGUUUGAGCCCGCCUAUUCUAAAAAAGUCUAGCUAUAAGAACUCAUCAGCAGCAUUCUCUGACAGGCAUUCAGUGAGGCAUUUUCAUAAACGCAAAAAUAUUUAUUGCAUUGCUUUGUCUUUCUCUGCACUCGUACUGAAAAAUCUGCCAUUUCCGUUGGGUGAGGAAUCAGUACCAUUGGUGAGAUUCCUCUGUAUUCUUCAUGUUCCUUAGUUUUUUUAUUAAAUAUCGAGAAAGUUUGAUUGUAUCAUUCAGUUACUGUAUUUUCGUUGGUAUAUGUGACAAUGCAAAUAAACAAACUAUAAAAAUACAGUUGACUUCCUCAUUGUUAUUGCAAUAAAAAUAACUAACUUGCACAAUUUCUGAAAUUCUAAAGUUGCCUGUUUUGUUUAUUGAAAUAUUGGAAGGGACCCUAACAGUCAAAAAGAGGAUGUGCUCUGCAUUCUGUUCUUAAAUCCAUGCAACCUUUUAAAAAACUUAUUAACAGGUGUCUAAUAUUUGUUGCUUUCCUUUUCUCAGAUGCCAACAUUUCUAUUGAAAUGCAUGCUGUAUUAUCUAGAGCAUGUCUCAUUUUUGCUUUUUUCUGUCUCUUAUCUUUCCUUCUGCUUUUCAGUGUACACGAUUCUGUCUAAGGUGCACUCUGAUCGGAAUGUGUACCCUUCUGCUGGAGUUCUUUUUGUUCAUGUUUUGGAGAGAGAGUACUUUAAGGGGGAGUUUCCUCCUUACCCAAAGCCUGGUGAAAUAAGUAAUGAUCCUAUAACAUUUAAUACCAACUUAAUGGGUUACCCUGACAGACCUGGAUGGCUACGCUACAUACAAAGGACACCAUACAGUGAUGGAGUGUUAUAUGGUUCGCCAACUAUAGAAAAUGUGGGCAAACCAACCAUCAUUGAGAUCACUGCGUAUAACAGGCGAACUUUUGAGACAGCAAGACAUAAUUUGAUCAUUAAUAUAAUGUCAGCAGAAGAUUUUCCUUUACCGUAUCAAGCGGAGUUCUUCAUAAGGAAUAUGAAUGUAGAAGAAAUGUUAGCAAGUGAAGUUCUUGGAGACUUUCUUGGAGCGGUGAAAAAUGUAUGGCAGCCAGAGCGUUUGAAUGCGAUAAACAUUACUUCAGCACUAGACAGGGGAGGGAGAGUUCCACUUCCUAUUAAUGAUAUGAAAGAGGGUGUGUAUGUUAUGGUCGGUGCAGAUGUUCCAUUCUCUUCAUGCUUACGAGAAGUUGAAAACCCACAAAAUCAGCUGAGAUGCAGUCAAGAAAUGGAACCUUUAAUAACCUGCGAUAAAAAAUUUCGUACUCAAUUCCAUAUUGACUGGUGUAAAAUCUCUUUGGUUGACAAUACAAAACAAGUUUCCACCUUUCAGGAAGUGAUCCGUGGAGAGGGAAUAUUACCUGAUGGUGGAGAAUACAAACCACCUUCUGAUACACUGAAAAGCAGAGACUAUUACUCGGAUUUCCUAAUUACAUUGGCGGUGCCCUCGGCAAUAGCACUGGUGCUUUUUCUAAUACUUGCCUAUAUCAUGUGCUGCCGACGGGAAGGAGUGGAAAAGAGAAACAUGCAAACACCAGACAUCCAGUUGGUCCAUCACAGUGCUAUACAGAAAUCAACCAAAGAGCUUCGUGACAUGUCUAAAAAUAGAGAGAUAGCAUGGCCUCUUUCAACGCUUCCUGUGUUUCACCCAGUUACUGGUGAGAUUGUACCACCCCUUCACACAGACAACUAUGAUAAUACUAGCAUGCCACUAAUGCAAACACAGCAGAACCUGCCACAUCAAACUCGAAUUCCACAGCAGCAGACUGCAGGAGAAUUCCGUAUGACAACUUUUCAAAGAUUUGAGAUGUCUACUUUCCCAAAAGAGAACAAGUGAAGCUUCUGCCAUAUGCCAUCCUUUUGUGCAGGUAAAUGGUAUUCCUGAGGAAAGAAAACUGACAGAAGCAAUGAAUUUGUAAUCAGAGAAAGCAGUAAUUGUCUUAUUUCCUUAUUUGUUCUGAUUGAUGCAUGAGUCCUUCUGGUGUAUAUUGUGCAUGCCCACAGUAUUGAUUUCAGUGCCAGACAGUACAGUCAUUUACAUGUAACUAAUGUACUGUAUCUUUUUGUACUUUGGACAUUUUUGAGAAUUUGUAAACACUGAUAACUUUUUAUAUUUGUUACAUUAAGAAAAUAAUCUUUCAAAUAUAUGUAUUAAUAAAUAUCAAACUUUCUUCUA